AACACCAAAACCGACCGCAUAAACAAAUCAGGCAUAAACCCCAGGGAGAGGAGACGAUCAAUCUUCCAAAGUUCCCCAAAGCCCCUAAACGACAGGUCGUUCACUUCUAAAUCUGCCCCCUUGCUCUCUCUCGCUCUCUCGUCACUUUCUCACUCGUCGCCAACUCUUCCUUUGCAGAGCUUCUCUUCUCUACCAGGAGAUAUGAUUAGGCUAUUCAAAGAAAAGGAAAAGCUGAGAGCACAAAACGCCAAUGGAGCCUCGCCGGUUACGAAGCAAUCUGCUGGGAAGUUGCGUCUUACUAAAGAUAUGUCUGAGCUGAAUUUACCAAAAUCCUGUAGCAUUCAUUAUCCUCAUGGCAAGGAUGAGCUGAUGAACUUUGAGGUUACAAUUCGUCCGGAUGAAGGAUAUUACAAAGGCGGUGUGUUUAUGUUUACAUUCCAAGUUGCCACUAUCUAUCCACAUGAGGCACCAAAAGUCAAGUGUAAGACCAAGGUCUACCAUCCGAAUAUUGACUUGGAAGGAAAUGUCUGCCUCAACAUCCUACGAGAAGAUUGGAAACCUGUCCUCAAUAUAAACACUGUCAUUUAUGGAUUAUAUCACCUCUUCACGGAACCAAAUUAUGAAGAUCCACUAAAUCAUGAUGCAGCUGCAGUGUUAAGAGACAACCCGAAGAUGUUUGAAGCUAAUGUAAGAAGGGCUAUGGCCGGUGGGUAUGUGGGGCAAACCUUAUUCCCCCGGUGCACAUAGCUUUCGUUUGGUAGCACCAAGGAGUGCCAAUUGACAUAUUAUGCUCGGAACGGAAAUGUGGUUGUAAUAUUUGUUGCAGAUUGCGGUUUCUUUUUCAAUCAAUUUAGUUGGAGGCUUAAAAAUGUAUGUCACUGUAACUUUUUGGAAUGCUUUGUAGUCUCUUGACUUGCCCAAAUGUUAUCUUGUUAUCUCUC